CGAGAAGCCGGCGCCAAGGGAGCGAGAGAGUGCAAAGGAGAAGCAGAUCAAGGCGGGCAUGGCUUCUGGAGCAGGCGACAAGGUUGGGGCGCCCCAAGGCAUGGCCGCCGCCUCACCCCUUCUCGGCCGGCCCACUCGCCCGGGCGUAUGCUUCGUCGUCCACUUCACCGGAGGUUCUGCUGGCAGCGCGGCCUCCGCCCCCCUGCGCUUGUCGUCCGAGACUGCGCCGUCGACCCUCUCGACGGUCGCGUCCAGGGCGAAGAAGGGCGCCGGUGCUGAAGACGGCCCCGACGGGGAGCUUGACGACGGCAAGGUCGAGGUGGUUUACCAGUUUCUGACCAAGGAAGCCGAGCACUGUCUGUCGCUGCUCAAGAUGGUGCCCCCGUCCGCCAAGUCGACGGAAGCCGUUGCUGGCCUCGAGAAGUACCUCUCGGAGCUGGCCGGCGCGGCCUUCAAGGGAGAGGUUGACAAGGACAAGGGGGUGCAAGGCUUCAUCGGCCGUGUGUACCGCCUGAUCGAGCUCACAUACGAGUCUUGCCCCUCCUGCCCAAGGGUGACGUCGCCGACCACCGAGGAGGAAUUCGUCACCUACUUCAUGGACUUGGGGCACCAUGCGCCCGAGAUUGCCGGCAGCUUCGCCUUCAUGGAUGAGGCUGAUCUGGGGCACUACCUCCAGGCAGCAGACAGCGAUAAGGCUUACCUUGCUACGAUUGCCGUGGCGAUGAACCUCGUGAGGCUUGUGGUCAAUCGCGUCGGUUCCAGCAGCAUCCAGGGCCUUCUGCAGCAGCAGCAGCCAGCAGCAGCCCCUACCAAUCGCCCCGCAAGAUGGACUUGAGAUUGAGGAGCCAGUGUCCGAGGGACUGGAGAGCGGCGGCGGGGUGGAGGAGGAGCCACCGUCGGGGGGAGCUGAGGAGAGCGCUGGGGGCGCAAUUGGAGCGGAAUGAUACUCAAACCUCUGCUCUGCUUUGAGGCUAACAACUUUUGGUGAAAUUCCAUGGCUAGUGCUUAUCGUGUGUUUGAUAUAGCCUUGGUUAUCAUGUCCUUACUUCUUAGAGGUCUUUCAGGUAGUUUUAUCUUGGUCGCAUGUUGUGUCGUCGCUAUGAAACUGAUCAAGUCAGCAAUGAAUUACCUUUCAGCCUUUCGGUACACCUGCUA